AUGUCACGCUACAACCGCCGACGCGAUUGCGACAAGCGACCACAAGUCGCGCCAACGUGCGUUAACUGCGGCGGCGCGCACGCUGCAAACGCACGCAGCUGCACAUAUUUGAAGCAGCGGACAUCAACCGCCAAGAAUGCGGUACUUGGAGAAGAGGCAGCGGUCCCGCCACCCCCCGGGGAGGCCGCAAUCCCGCCCAGCGUCACCACCGACGCCGCCGUGGCCGCCCUCAAAGCCGCGAUGGCGGCAAAGAGGGCGGCAAUGCAGGAGAUCGUCGGUCUCCACCGGCAGCUGCAAGAGCUGCGGGAAGAACUCAGGACGCUGCAAAAGAAGACACCCGCCCCCGAUGCCACCACCACGGUGGUACGACAAGCUGGGAUGAAUGUGUCUACACAAACGGACGUCGCCCCGGAACCUGUAGCAAUACAGGAAACCGGGGAGACGCCCAUGGACGUGGUGCAGCCUGUAUCGCCGCCGUCACCGCCGGAUGUGGAGGAGAAGAAGACGCUGCAGGAUAAACGAGAUCAAGAGGGAGGAGGGAUGCACUCCGAAGUCAUACCUUUCCCGGACGUCACGAACCUGCCAGUUAUACUCAAGAAGAUCGCAACCAUGUUACCGACUAACGAGGCGGCUGUCCCAGGACAAGUUGUUAGCAUGCAAGUGACGUACGCUGCCGCGGCAGCUAGCCGGGCCCCCUAUCAACAGAAUAUGGCCGAGCAGGCGGGACCUUCAGACGCGCGCACGGAAACGGGAAGCACCGCGGAGUUGACUAAGGAGGACAAUCAGAAUCUGGUCAGUAAUGAUGUCACUGAGGACGCACCGCGCUUGCCCUCUGAGUCUGACAACUCUUCCAACGAGCGACAAGCUUCAUCGAUAAUACCUGAUGUAGACAUGGCAGAGUACGACGCGGUAGUUACACACGAAAGGGCCAACAUCCCAGAGGGAACUACAGUGGAUGGACAUAAAGAGGAAGUGAUACAACAGAAAACUGACAACCACACAGAUGACAGGAUACCACAGACAGGUUCAGGAAACGUCAAAGGAAAAGGAGGGGCGCAAGAAGACGAACCAAUGACACCACCCGUCUCACGUGUCGCAGAAACAGCAGCAACGGCCGACUCCGAAAUUAACGUAGCUCAAAAAUCUUCCGCCACGAAGGCGGGACAGGCAGAAAUUGUUUGUGGUUUACAUAGUGACCAUGUUGAAUUAGAAGUCCCUCAGGAAGAAUUUAAUGAUCCUAAUUCAUCUAAAGAUGACCAAUGUAAAUCUCCUAGGCUGUACACUUCUGAAGGAAGUCAAACUCAAGAAAAAAUUGGCACUCUAGAUUCUAGAGAAAGUCAGGAGUCAAGUGAAUCUGAUGAAAAUAAAGAAUUAACAGAAUUUCUAAAAGCAGAAGCUGCCGAAUCUUCUAAUGAAGAGAAACAGAAGAAUCAAAGACAAAGAAGAAAACCAACCUGGAUGGAAAGUGGUGAAUUUUGUAUGGCAACAAAAGUUGAGGCACUUUAA